AUGUCAGAGCCGCAAGCUGGCCCCGCCGAGUCCAGGCUGAUAUGCAACUCCCCGCAGUGGCAGGCUGAGUCACGCUUUUUGUCCGAUGCAUACUCAACACUGCGUCGGUCCGUGGGCAGGCGCGAGUCCACGACGACACCGUCUACAAGUGCCCUGGAAAAGGCCACCAGGGCGCUCCCAAGGCCUGAUUCUCCGUCGUAUCUGUCAGGCUUAGGAUCCGAAGCCGCUUUGAGGCACAUCAACGACGACAUCGUACCGGCCCUGAAUGGACAGAGUCUCAGCUCACGAUACUAUGGUUUCGUGACUGGUGGAGCGCUUCCGGUCGCCGAGGCCGCCGACAAUAUCGUCAGCGCUUUGGACCAGAAUGUGCACGUCCACCUACCAUCCGAUACUGUGACCACGGCUGUUGAGGAUGCCACGCUGGGUAUGGUCACGUCACUGCUGGGGUUGGAGUCGGAACAGUGGCCUGGGCGGAUUUUCACGACAGGUGCAACCGCCUCGAAUGUGCUGGGCUUGGCUUGCGGGCGGGAGGCCGUCAUCUCGCAGCGGUUGGCGGCCGCCGGGAUAGAUCCAAAGAAGAACUCUGUGGGUGAUCUUGGCUUGGUUCAGGCGUGUAUCAAAGCUGGAGUCCACGAGAUUCAGAUCCUCACCAGCAUGGGACACAGCUCCCUGUACAAGGCUGCCUCGAUUGUAGGCCUUGGAAGAAACUCAGUCAAAGCAUUACCCCUGAGUCAGGCUGAGCCCUUUCGUCUUGACAUCGCCGCUGUAGAGAGGGAAGCCGCCCGGGACGGUGUUGCAACCAUUAUCGCUGUCAGUGCUGGAGAGGUAAACACCAGCGGCUACGCCACUUCCUCCCGAGAAGACAUGGUGAAGUUGAGGGCUAUAGCGGACCGGUACGGGGCUUGGAUACACGUGGAUGGUGCCUUUGGUAUAUUUGCCCGUGCUUUACCCCAGACACCCGAGUUCUCUAGGCUGCAUGAAGGGGUUGCUGGCCUGGAGCUUGCAUCUUCUAUCACAGCAGAUGGACACAAACUUCUCAACGUGCCGUAUGACUGUGGCAUAUUCCUGACCCGCAGUCAAACAAUACAGAGCGAGGUCUUCCGAAACCCCAACGCAGCCUAUCUGCCCCCAUCUGGGUCGGGAACAAUCCAGAAUCCGCUUGAUAUUGGCAUCGAGAACUCACGUCGCUUCCGCGCGCUUCCAGUGUACGCCGUCCUUAUUAGCGAGGGCAGAAAAGGCAUGUCAGACAUGUUUGCGCGCAUGGUGCGGAUGGCACGUCGGGUUGCCGCCUUUGUGCACGCCUCAGAGGAGUACGAGCUUCUUCUGGAUCAGGAGGAAACGGUCGGCAUCAUCGUACUCUUCCGUGCUAGGGAUACCGGGCUGAAUAAUACACUGGUGCAGAGGAUAAAUGAGACCAGGGAGAUGUAUGUCAGCCCGACGUCGUGGCAGGGAAGCCCGGCGAUUCGUCUGGCGGUUAGCAGCUGGAGGGUCGACGUUGAGAAAGACGGGGCUGUCGUUGAGAACAUUUUGAAGGACGUUGCCAAAGCGUAUCAGCUCGAACAUUCUUGA